GAGAGAGAGAGAGAGAGAGAGAGAGAGGAAUAAGUAAGCUAAGGAGCGAGGUGGUGGAGAGAUUAGCAAUGGCAGAGGGAGCGACGGAUCAGCCAUGGCGGAGACUGGAAGGGAAGGUGGUGAUGGUCACUGGCGCCUCCUCCGGCAUUGGCCGGGAGCUCUCCCUCGACCUUGCCAGGGCUGGGUGCAACAUUGUCGCGGCUGCGAGGCGGACCGGCCGACUGAAAUCCCUGUGUGACGAGAUAAAUAGCUUUGGAUCGCUGUCUCUGUCAUCGUCCGGCCCAGAGGCCUCCGCCGUCCGAGCUGUGGCCGUCGAGCUUGAUGUCAGCGCCCGCAGCUCCGCGAUAGAGGCUUCGGUGCAGAAGGCGUGGGAUGCCUUCGGCCGGAUCGAUGCUUUAAUUAACAACGCCGGAAUACGAGGCGGUAUAUAUUCUCCGCUGGAGUGGCCUGAAGAGGAAUGGAACGACCUUAUGGCCACAAAUCUAACUGGCUUAUGGCUAGUAUCCAAGCAUGUCUGCAAACGGAUGCGUGACACAAAGCAGAAAGGAUCAGUAAUCAACAUCUCGUCGAUCAACGGUCUAGAACGUGGGCAAUUGCCUGGAAAUCUUGCCUACUCUGUAUCCAAAACAGGGGUCAACGCGCUUACCAGGGUUAUGGCUCUGGAGCUUGGAGUGCAUAAUAUUAGAGUGAACUCUAUAAGUCCUGGAAUAUUUAAAUCUGAGAUAACAAAGGGCCUCAUGGUGAAAGAAUGGCUUGACAGAGUGACCAAGAAGACUGUUCCCUUGCAAACAUUGGGCACGUCGGAUCCGGCACUGACGUCUUUGGUCCGGUAUCUGAUCCAUGAUUCAUCAGAAUAUGUGUCGGGAAAUGUGUUCGUCGUUGAUGCUGGUGCCACGUUGCCUGGUGUCCCCCUCUUCUCUUCUCUAUGAUCCAUUUAUUCUCCAGCUUCAUUGGUCCUCCAAACUGUGGAUCAUAAUACUCCAAUACUAUUUGCAAGCUUCUACUUCCUCUGUAUCCUUUUGAGUUUAUUGACAAAAAUGGGGUGGAUUCCCCAACUCUUUCCUCCGCGAAGCUGAGCAAAUAAACCUUCAAAGAGCAUUUGCAAGGUGGCUGCUAAGCGUUAUAGAAUAUAAUUUCUGCUCCUGUAAUUCCUGUUUUGUUGUUGGAGUUCAUAUACUUUGUUAUCGUGUCAACCUUGAAUAAUGAGCAACUCAUAGCACUGCUAUACCAAUUUAUAAUCAAUAAUUAAGCAUUGUGACGAUGGAUGCCAUUUU